AAGAAGGGAAAAAGAAAAAAAAAACUCCAAUAAUAAAUCGCCGCUUCUUCUUCCUCUCCGUCUUCCUUGUUCUUCUCUCCUUUCUCCCCGCGACUUGCGUCUCCUCCUCACCAUCCAUCCAAUCCAUUCCCCCCACCUUCCUCUUUCUCUCCCCCUCCUGCCAAAAAUCACCGUCGCAAUCGCUCCCAAAUGCGUCCUCCUCGCGCCCCCAACCACGCCCUAAUCCCCAAUCCGCCUCCCGCGCCGCCGCAUUAGCGCCCAUUUCCGCCGCUGGAGUUGAUUCAGGCUAGCUUUUGGUGCUUCUUCUAGGGUUAGGGUUAGCGUUAGGUUGCUGGAAAUGGAGGAGUACCACCACCGCAUGGGCGCCGCGGCGGCCGACUUCCGCCGCGACCUCGAGGACCUCGUCUGCGACCACCUGGGCGGAUGCUACUCCCCGCCGCCGUCGUCGUCGUCGUCCUCGUGCUCCGUUGCUGUGGGCGGUGGAGGUGGAGGGGGAGGAGCGGGAGGCGCUGCGGCGCAUGAGGCGGACGAGGCGGAGUCGUCCGCCGCGCGGCGGCGGAGGCGGGAGUCGCGCCUGCUCAGCCGGUGGGUUGCUCGCCAGGCCGAGGAGGUGCUGUCGUCCAUGGAGCGCGAGGUGGAGCGUCGCAACCGCGAGGCCGAGCUCCUCGCAAUCACGCGGCUCCACCCGGUCUCCACCCUCGACCCCUCGGCGUUCCUCCUGUCAUCGCCCACCACGCCGCCGCCCCCGCGGCCGCAGGUGCCCUCGCCUGCCGCGCCGUCCUCCUUGCUCCAGAUGUGGCGCGAGCUCGAGCACCGCCGCACCGACGCCGGCCAGCCGUUCGACCGGGAGCCUUCCCCGAAUACCCCUGACCGUCACCGGGAGCGCGUGCGUCAGAUCGCCCGCCGCCUCACGACGUCCACGGAUAGUCCAACGGCUGCGGCAGCAACAGCCACAGGGGAGUGGCUUGGCGAGACUGAGAGGCAGAGGGUCAGGCUCGUUAGGGAGUGGGUACAGAUGGCCAGUCAGCCGCGUGACUCCCGUGCAGGCUCGCGCAGGGAGGAGAUGGGUGGUGCUGUUGCUGAGAGGGAGAGGCGAGCUGAGCCUCCUCGGCUGCGUGGCCGACAGGCGCGGAUGGAUGUCAUCACUCGGAUGGCCCGGGAGCGUCAGCGCGAGCUGCAGGGGCUAUCAGGGUACCACAUUGUAUCACAGUUCCCGCAACGCAGCCGCAGCCGCAUUCAGGGAUUGCUCAGGGUAAGGUUCUUGAGGAAUGCGGUGCUUCCGGUUGAGGAGGAGGAGCGUCUACCAUCUGUGGCAGCGAGGGAGCUCGGGCAGUUGAGGCAGAGCCAUCGUGUGUCCACAUUGAGAUUAGAGAGUGCUGUAAGUAGUCAAGAUGUGAGCCAGUCUGAUGCUCCUGUGGUCGAAAGUGUUGGAUUACUAGAUAAUGAUGAAACUCAAGGGGAGGCUGACGUCAGGGACUUUGCUGAUAGUGAGGAUACAGCCCAAACUAUGCUUGAGAAUGUGGGUUUACCAGAGGACAAUGCAGAUGAUGCUGAAGUGGAGUCACCAUCUAUAGCAUUGGGUGAUAUGGUUGAGAUGCAAGUAUCUCAAGGUGAUAAUGAGCUGCAAGAUGAGACUGAAGGUGACACAAGAUUCUGGCAGCCAUCUUUGGAUGUCAGGCUUGAUAGGUGGCCUGAUGAAACUGCAGAGGCCGCUGACAGAAACUGGGAAGAUAAUGCAGAGGAGGUGCACAGUGAAGUUCUGGAGGAUGAUGACAGGGAGAAUGGACAUCUCCAAGAGGAGCAUGAUGGGUGGCACGAUGAUGAGUCUCAUGGUACCGAGGAGAACUGGCAAGAUGAUUACCAAGAUUCUGCACUUGACACAGUCCCCAUUGUUAGAACUGAAAGUAGGUUCAUUCCACCUGAUGAUGACAAUGUGUACAGCAUGGAACUGAGGGAAUUACUUAGCAGGCGAAGUGUCUCCAAUCUUCUUAGUAAUGGUUUUGGUGAAAGUUUGGAGCAAUUAAUAAGGUCAUAUGUGCAACGACGUGGUCCCCUCAAUUGGAACCUUGAUACAGCCAUGCCGACUGCGAAUGCACCAAACGAUAACCAAGAGCAAGCAAGGAAUGUUCAAACUCGGCAAUUCCAAGCUCCUGUAAACAGACCUGCCCUCAUUAUUCCUCCCCCUCCUUUGCCACCGCGACAGCCACUAUGGCACAGAGAUUUGCGCCAUAACAACUGGAGCAGCAGACACAGAGUGCAUCAAGAAUUGGAUGCUAUUAAUGAUCUGAAAGCUGACAUGGGUAGACUUCAACAAGGGAUGAGCAACAUGCAAAGGAUGCUGGAGGCGUGCAUGGACAUGCAACUGGAAUUGCAACGUUCAGUAAGACAAGAAGUAUCAGCAGCUUUGAAUCGAUUUCCGGGACCUGAAGGGCAUGCGCUGGAUCCAGCAGAUGACGGGUCAAAAUGGGAUCAAGUGAGGAAAGGAACCUGCUGUGUAUGCUGCGACACACAAAUUGACUCUCUCCUCUACAGAUGCGGGCACAUGUGUACUUGCUCAAAAUGUGCAAAUGAGCUGGUGCGAAGUGGCGGCAAAUGCCCGCUAUGCCGGGCACUGAUCGUGGAGGUGGUCCGUGCAUAUGCGGUACUGUAAAUUUGUGGAAAAAAACGACAGGGAAAUAAGCAAAAGUUUUGCUGCAGGAAGCUUCUUGAGAAAAUGAAAAAAAAGAAAGAAAGAGAUAGAGCUCUGCUUCUUCUUCUUUAGAGCCCCUUUUGUCUUCUUCAGCCCCUUGUUCCUCUUCUUGUGUAUCUACAGGUUCUACAGAUAUCUGUUGCCUUUGUUGUUGGGGGCGCAGCAAAGGGCGGCGCGUGCGUGCGUGGUGUCAUUGAUUGUUGAAAGAGUUUUCGGUGGGUAGUAGGCCAGGAUGGGGUUGUUGGAAGGAAAAGUAUCCCAAACCCAAUGUAAACUUCUUUCACUGUAUUUAUGUCCUCAACAACAGAACAUGUACAAGAGAUACUCUCCCAAAUGAUAUACUAGAUCCUUAAUCCUUGACUCAA